AUGGGUCUUCUUCGUCUUCUUCAGCAGAUGCGCCGCUCUGCUAACGAGAGCCGUAUUCUUCUUCUUGGUCUUGACAAUGCAGGCAAGACAACUAUCCUCCGCAACCUUUGCAACGAAGAUCCAACUUCAACAUCACCAACACGCGGUUUCAACGUCAAAACAAUUCAAUCCGAAGGCUUCAAAUUCAAUGUUUGGGACAUUGGUGGCCAGAAAGCCAUCCGUCAGUACUGGGAUAACUACUAUGAGAACACCGACGCUCUUGUGUGGGUUGUUGACUCCUGCGACGAAGCUCGUCUUGAGGAGACAGGCACAGAGCUUACAUCACUUCUUUCAAACGAGAACCUUAAAGGUGUUCCCGUUCUUAUCUUUGCAAACAAGCAAGAUCUUGCAUCAGCUCUUCCACCAGAUCAGAUCACAAUUUCACUUGAACUUCACAACAUCCGUGACCGUCAGUGGCAAAUUCAAGGCUGCUCAGCCAUUAAGGGAGACGGUCUUGACGACGGACUUAAGUGGCUCGUUCAGACAAUGAAAUAA